AUGGACCCGCAAGCUGUAUCUGUGAAGCCGGUGCCGGGCGAAGAAAAAGGGCAAGGGGGGGUGGGUAGCGGGAAGUGCUGCAAGGUGACCGUAGCCACCGUCCUUGUGAGCGCAGUCACUGCUGUGUCUGCUGGGAUCCUAAUGGCCUUCCAUUUGAAACAAGAGUUCCUCUCGGAGCAUCUGGUGGAGCUACGAGGGAUCCGGUACGACAGCAGCCUGCAGUUUCAGGACUCUGACUAUCACCGCACGUUGACCCCUAUCCUGGAGAGGCUGUUUAAAAGCAGCUUUCAGAACUCAACCCUGGAAGGAAGCUGUUUGAGAUGCUCCAUCUUGCAGUACAGGAAAAGCAAUUCCAGUGUGAUCGUCCGCUUUCGCCUCUGGUUCUCCAAGCAGCUGCUCAGCCCAGGCUUAGAAGAAGAGGUGCUCAGGCGGGGGCUGGCAGCCACCCUGGACAAACAGGGGGUUCCUCUGGCUGCCUACGGUAUCAUUUCUUCAGCCGUCCUGACAGGGCCACGCAAUGUCUCUCCUGCUGGGAUCAUCCUAAAAUCAGGCAGCUGUGCUGGGAACGCCUUUGCCUGCCAUGACGGCCAGUGUGUGGCCGUGGAAAACGUGGAAUGCGACGACCGCCGGCACUGUCUGGACGGCUCCGAUGAGGCUGAGUGUGACUGUGGCAUUAGGCCUGCCCUGCAGAUGGCUAACCGGAUUGUUGGGGGCUCGGAGGCCUUGCGGGGGGAAUUCCCCUGGCAGGUCAGUCUGCGGGAGAAUGGCGAACACUUCUGCGGGGCGACCAUUCUGUCAGCGAGGUGGCUGGUGUCUGCUGCUCACUGCUUUAACGAGCUUCAGGACCCCGGCGCCUGGACAGCCUACGUGGGCAGCAUCUGGCUGACCAACACCGGCAGCAACCCUGCCAAGGCCAGCGUGGAGCACAUCGUGAGACACCCCUCCUACAACACCGAAACGGCCGACUACGACGUGGCCCUACUGCAUCUGGCUGACCCCCUGGCCUUCACAAAAUUCAUCCAGCCCGUGUGCCUGCCGGCCGCCAGCCACAUCUUCCCUCCGGGCAAAAAGUGCCUCAUCUCAGGGUGGGGUUACCUCAAGGAGGACUUUUUGGUGAAGCCAGAGCUCCUCCAGAAGGCCACGGUGGAGCUUCUGGACCAGACCCUCUGUGCCAGUUUGUACACCAACGCCCUCACCGACAGGAUGCUUUGUGCCGGCUACUUGGAGGGGAAAGUUGACUCCUGCCAGGGCGAUUCCGGGGGUCCGUUGGUCUGCAGAGAACCCUCCGGACGCUUCUUCUUGGCAGGCAUCGUGAGCUGGGGGAUUGGCUGUGCAGAGGCCAAGCGCCCUGGAGUCUAUACUCGGGUAACCAAGCUCAGGGACUGGAUCCUUCACACUAUGGCCACGUUCACGCCUCCGACGACCAUCCCGACGACUGUUUCCACGAUGCCGCACAACACUUCCCUUCCCGAGGGGUCAAGCACCAUCGGCGAGCAACGCCCCAGCUCCAGCACUGCCCCGAGCAGGCCGUCCACUGCCACGAGCAGGCCGGUGACGUGCGGCCGGAGACCGGCCUUCUCCAAGCCUGUCAAAAUUGUGGGUGGACUAGACGCCUCCCGAGGGGAAGUGCCUUGGCAGGUCAGCCUGAAGGAGGGGCUGCGGCACUUCUGCGGGGCCACCGUCAUUGGGGACCGCUGGCUGCUCUCAGCCGCGCACUGCUUCAAUCACACCAAGCCAGAGUACAUCACCGCCUACACAGGCGCCACUUUGCUGUCGGCGGUGGAGAGCAGCUCCGUGAAGGUCAGCGUCAAGCGGGUGGUGCUGCAUCCCUCCUACAACCCUCUGCUGCUGGACUUCGACGUGGCUGUCCUGGAGCUGGCCAGGCCCCUCCUCUUCGGCAAAUACAUCCAGCCCAUCUGUCUCCCGCUCGCCAUCCAUAAGUUCCCCGUGGGCAAGAGGUGCUCCAUCUCCGGCUGGGGCAGCGUCCGGGAAGGCAACACCACCAAGCCCGAGAACCUGCAGAGAGCCUCCGUAAGCAUCAUCGACCAGAAGACCUGCAACGUCCUGUACAACUUCUCCCUCACAGAGCAAAUGAUCUGUGCCGGGUACCUGGAGGGGAGGGUGGAUUCCUGCCAGGGUGACUCUGGCGGACCCCUGACAUGCGAGGAGACGCCUGGUGUGUUCUACCUGGCAGGGCUGGUGAGCUGGGGGGCCGGCUGUGCCCAGCCUCGGAAGCCGGGGGUGUACACCCGGAUCACCAGGCUCAAAGGCUGGAUCCUGGACACCAUCUCACCCCACCCCAGCCCCACCCUCACAUCCACCGCCAAGACCGUGGCUGGCACCACCUCCAGCUUACCCGGCACUACCCAAACGACUAGCCAGAUAGCCACAGAUCCAAGCACCAGCGCUCGCACCCUAUCUACACCAGUAACAAGCACGCCAAAGAUGACCCAGUUCCCAGCUGUGCCGUGCACCACCACUACUUUCAAGUGCUCCAGCAAAGUCUGCAUCGGGAAAGCGAACCCCGAGUGCGACGACGUCGUGGACUGCAGCAACGGCCGGGACGAGUGGAACUGCACUUGCGGCUUGAUCCCCACGACAGCCUUCGGAAAGAUAGUGGGGGGCAGCGGAGCGGCCCGUGGGGAGUGGCCAUGGCAGGUGAGCCUGUGGCUGCGGAGGAAGGAGCACAAAUGCGGGGCAGUCGUGAUCGGCGAGCGGUGGCUGCUUUCGGCAGCUCAUUGCUUCGACAUUUACAGCGACCCCAAGAUGUGGCUUGCCAUCCUGGGGACGCCGUUCCUGAGUGGCCUCGACGGACGAGUGGAGAAAAUCCACCAUAUCCACCGGCACCCGUUUUACAACGUCUACACGCUGGACUACGACGUGGCCCUCCUGGAGCUGGCCUUCCCGCUGCGUUACACCAGCACCAUCAAGCCCAUCUGCAUGCCGGACAGCUCCCACAUCUUCAGCGAAGGGGCGCGGUGCUUCAUCACCGGCUGGGGCUCCACAAAGGAGGGCGGCCUGAUGUCCAAGCACUUGCAAAAGGCUGCUGUGAACCUGAUCGGAGAGCGAGACUGCAAGAAGUACUACCCCAUCCAGAUCAGCGGCAGGAUGGUGUGCGCUGGCUUUCUGCAGGGCACAGUCGACAGCUGCUCGGGCGAUGCAGGCGGACCCUUAGCCUGCAAAGAGCCCUCGGGGAGGUGGUUCCUGGCGGGCAUCACCAGCUGGGGCUACGGCUGCGCCCGGCCUUUCUUCCCCGGCGUUUACACAAGAGUGACAGCGGUGCGGGGUUGGAUCAGGCAGAAUCUCAAGGUGUGAGCCUCCGCGCCACUCAGGGA